AUGAUGGCAGUGGGAUAUGGCGAUAUUUGGGCAAAGAAUACAGAGGAGCGUCUUUUUUGCAUCGUUCUCCAACUUUUUGGAGCCACCGCCUUCGGCUUUAUUUUGUCAUCAGUAACUUCUUUGCUUGAAUCUGCAAAUCCGCGAGCAAAUGAGACGAAUAAGCGUGUCAACGAGAUCAAGGAGUGGUGCGCUGGCCGGCGUAUUCCUCGGCACUUGAGGAUGGCAAUUCGGGAGCACACCCAAUAUGUCCUCCAAAAGAAAUCAAUUUUCAAUGAAGCCGACCUUUUGUCGAACAUGCCUACGAGCAUCAGGAUGGAUAUCAUACAAAAUUCAUAUUCAGAGUGGCUUCGCAUCUUGGAGCGGCCAUUCCACGAUGAGGACUUGGCGCUGAGAAUGGAGCUCGUCCAGCUAAUGACGCCUCAGCAGGUUCGAUGCCCAAGAUCCACUGUUUGGUCAACCACAGGAAGCAUCAGGAAGCAAAGACAAUGUCACCGUAUGUCACUGUAUGUCACCGUAUCACCCCGAAACGUUCCAAGAUGUGGCAGUGAAAAUACAAGGAUGUGA